AUGUGGCUUCUAGCCCUCUUCGUCUCGGCCGUCGCCGCCCAGGCCAUCCAAUCCACCACCCAAUGCCCGCCCGGCUCGAACACGGUGUUCGCCCUCCGGCACAACGUCUCCGUCGGCGCGCAGCUGAGGACGUUACCCGCACCCAACAUGGCCGUCUGCUCGGAUCAUUGCGUCGCCUCCCUGGACUGUGCGUCGUUCGAAUUCUCGGGCGCCAACUGCCAAAUCUACGGCGCCGGCGACAACGGCGACAAGCGGACGCGCGCCUUCUCGAAGACGUGCACCAAGUCGGACCGCGUCUGCUUUUCCCCGUUCCAUUUUGACGUGUUCGAGCAGAAGAUUCUUGUCGGAUUCGCCCGCGAGGUCGUCGCCGCUGAGAACAUUCAGGCUUGCAUGGCCGGCUGUUUGAACGCGUUCGACACGUUCGGCUUCGAGUGCGAGUCGGUGAUGUUCUACCCGGCUGAUAAGGAAUGCAUCCUGAACACCGAGGAUCGUCUCGACCGCCCCGAUCUGUUUGUGGAUGAGGUUGACGAUCAGGUCAUCUACAUGGACAACAAUUGCGCCGGCUCCCAAUGCUACGCCCCCUACCUGACGCAGUACAUCGCCGUCGAGGGCAUGCAGCUGGAGAACGAGCUCGACCGCAUCAUCAACGUCGAUCUGGAGAGCUGCGAGAGUCUCUGCACUCAGCGUCUGUCGUUGACCACGAGCGACUUCAACUGCAAGUCGUUCAUGUACAACAACGUCACCCGUUCUUGCGUGCUGUCCGAUGAGCGCUCGACCCCGCUCGGCCGUGGCAAGCUUGUCCCCACCGAGGGCUUCACCUACUACGAGAAGAAGUGCUUUGCUUCCCCCAACACUUGCCGUAACACCCCCUCAUUCGUGCGUGUUCCCCAGAAGAUCCUCGUCGGUUUCGCCGCGUUCGUCAUGGAGAAUGUCCCCUCGGUCACCAUGUGCCUUGAUCAGUGCACCAACCCUCCCCCAGAGACCGGAGACGACUUUGUGUGCAAAUCGGUGAUGUACUACUACAACGAGCAGGAAUGCAUCCUGAAUGCCGAGACUCGCCUCUCCAAGCCCGAUCUCUUCAUCCCGGAGGGAGAUGAUUUCCAGGUUGACUACUUUGACAUCGCCUGCCACCUGAACAAGGAAGACUGCCCGUCCGGCACCUCCCCCAAGGUGGUCCGCACUCUCAACUCUGCCCUGCCCGAGGGAGAAGGAGAUCUCCACGUCCUGAAGGGAACCAAGGGAACCGUCGAACAGUGCAUGCUUAGCUGCAUGUCUCUGGCCCCUGAGAAGUGCCGCUCGUUCAACUUUGACAAGGCCACCGGCCGUUGCGAUCUGAUGUAUCUGGAUGGCAAGAGCACCCUCCGCCCCGUCGUCCGCCAGGGCGUUGAUCUCUACGAUACCCACUGCCUCGCCGUGCAGCCUUUAGUGGAGGGACAGUGUGCUGUCGACCGCAAGGAUGCCCUCUUCUCGCGCGUGUUGCACACCAAGCAGCGCGGCAUCGCCGCGAAGGACUACAAGGUCGUGUCGCUCACGUCGUGCCUCGAGGUCUGCGCCGGAAACCCGACUUGCGCCGGAGUGAACUACAACCGCCGCGUCGGCCAAUGCGAGGUCUUCGACGCCAUCGACGGUGACGCCGACGUCAACGAACACGUCGACUUCUACAGGAAUCUCUGCGUCGUCAAGGAGCAAGAGUCGAGCGUCUCCGCCGCCGCCAAUGUCCCCAUCCAGAAGGUGGUCGCCUCAGCCCACCGCGGUGACCUCAAGGACGGUCUCCAGGCCGCCAAGAAGGCUCGCCCUCAUAUCAAGCACCAGGAGCACCACCGUCGUGCCCCCGAAUCCCGUGAUGCCCUUCCUCUCGGUCCGCCCGUCGAAAUCCCCCGCGAUGCCGUCCACACCAUCUGCAACUACGAGGGCAUCAAGGUGCAGAUCAAGCACACCGACAAGUUCUCCGGCGUCAUCUUUGUCAAGAACAAGUACGACACCUGCCGCGUCGAAGUCGCCGCCCAGCCCACGGCCACCCUCACCCUCGGUCUGCCCAAGGACUUCGGUAUGAAGCCGAUCACCCUCGAGGAGAUGGAGGAGGAAGAGAAGGAAGCCAAGGAAGGAAAGGACGCCAAGGCCGAGCUCGUCAAGGAGGACACCCCCAAGCCCGACGAUGAGCUGCGUCGUGUGCGCCGUCAACUGGAGCAGGGGCGCGAGUGCGGAAUCGCUGAUUUGGGCAACGGCACCUACACGGCCACCGUCGUCGUGCAGACGAACAACCUCGGAAUCCCCGGCCUUGUGACGAGCAUGGAUCAGCUGUACGAGGUGUCGUGCGACUACUCGAGCAUGCUGGGCGGAAAGGUCCAAGCCGGAUACAACAUGACUGUCAACGGACCGGAAGCCUCGCUGAUCCAGCCGCGCGGAAAGAUCGAGCUCGGAAACCCGGUGGCGAUGCAAAUGACCGGAGAGGGAGAUGCGCCCCUGUCGCAGGCCAAGCUCGGAGAUAUUCUCGAGCUGAAGUGGGAGAUUCUGGCUAUGGACGACGAGUUGGACUUCUUCGUCAAGGACUGCGUUGCCGAGCCCGGACAGAACGCCAAGAGCGAGGAACGCCUUCAGCUACUGGAGGGUGGAUGCCCGACCCCGGCUGUCGCGAUGAAGCUUAUCCCCGGACCCGUUGAGCAGAGGUCGAGCGCCGUCAAGAUCGCGAAGAUGCAAGCCUUCCGCUUCGACUCGUCGCCCAGCGUGCGCAUCUCGUGCACCCUCGAGAUCUGCAAGGGAGACUGCACCCCGGUUGAAUGCGCCCUCACCACUGGACAGCGUCAAUCUUGGGGACGCAAGAAGCGUUCGGUCGAGAAUGACGUCACGGAAUUCGAAACUGCUCGCUACAAGGUUCCCAGAAUCGCCCAAGCCACAACCUCGAUCGUCAUUGUCGACCCAUUGCAAACGGUCUCUGAGCCAUUCGCGCUCCAGAAGCAGUCCAGUCUCGACCUCUUUUCCGAAGACCCCGUCGAGCAGGUCUUCGUGGCCCCCGAGGGACAAUUCUGCUUGCGGCAAAUGUUCCUUUUCUCCAUCUUUGGCGUCCUCCUGUUCUUAACGGUGGCCCAAGCAGCCGUCGUCGCCCACUACAUCUUCCGCCGCUAUUUCGCGGUGUCAAAGAAGCUC